AUGAAUGGACAGCCUGAUAUUAUUCAAAAUCAACAACCGCCAAAUUAUCAUGCAAUACACAAAUCUGUGAUUGAUAUGUUUCCUGAUUUGGACUUGACAAAAGUUCUCUCAGAUUUUGGGCAUUUAGGUUCGGAGCAACUUGCAGACAUUAUUCUCAACACAGUUAAGAACAUCCCCAAGAAACGGCGAGCAUCGAAACGGAAAGCGUCGGAUGUUGGGCUUGAUGCUGAAGGUGGUCCUCCAAGUGUUGGGUCGGAACAGUCUUUCACUUCGGAGAAUUCUAAUACAAUUGGAAGGUUAUUGAUUGACAAAAUGUUAUGGGAUAUGUAUCAAGUAUUGGUGUCUGAAUUGAACAAAAGCAAAGAAUUAUCUAAAGAUGGAGUCAAGUUUAAUUUUUUGAAGACUGCUCUGGCUGAUCGCUUCCCAACUAUUAGGCUUGAGUUUAUCAGCAAAAUGCUUUCAAUCUUCAAUGGAGCUGUAUUUCCUGUUGCAAUUACCUGCUUCUUUCUUGAAAAUAACUUUACCGACAAGCUGCGUCGAUUUCUUCCUUCCAAGUUUAUCACCGCAAAUUUUUGGCUUACUGCGACUGCACCUUUACUUAAAAAACGGUGCAAGAAAACUUGCGUGAAUGUUACUGAUGAUUUUGUUAAACAAUUCAAAUUGUAUACUGAUCUCUUGGCAGGUUACCGCGAUGGGGAAUAUGGUGCUCUGUUAACUCCAGAAUUAAAACUUUCCAAUCAAUACGACCAAGUUGAAUGGGUACGUCCACCAGAAGAAGAACGUAUAGAAUGUCUUGUUUGUUUUGACAUGGUGCCGUUCAACCGUAUCAUUUUCUGCAACGUUCCAGCUACCUCAGCUCGCGAUUUUCUAGCUUCUCAGUUGGCGGCUUUUGACGAACCCGGUCCUAGCAGAGUAAUCUACGAGGAGCUCAAAGAAAACGAAAAAGAAAAGUCUGAAUCUCAAGUCCAUGCUUUCUGUCGGACGUGUGUUCGUGGAUCAGCUUCAGCUGCGGUUGGCGAAAUUCCUAUGGCCAAAGGUGGAGUUGGACUGCGUUGUAUGGUGCCUGAUUGCGAAAACCCAAUUCUUUACUCUGAAAUUCGUGUGCUUCUUUCAAAGGAAGUACAAAAGAAAUUGGACGAAAGAAUUGUUGAGGAGAAUCUUGGAAUGGCUUCUCUUACUAAUUUGGAACGUUGUAAGAAAUGUAAUUUUGCUAUUGACAUGGAAGUUGACAAGACUGUCAACAAAGUUUUUGAUUGUAUAGCUUGUGAGUAUAAAAUGUGUCGUCUUUGUGAACGUGAUUGGGAUGACGAACAUUUUGGUUAUAGCUGUGAGGAACUUGAUGCAAAGAACAAAAAGGAGAAGCGUGACAGAGCACUUGAAAAACAAUUGAACGAAGCACUCAUUCGCAAAUGUCCAAGAUGUGCUGUUCAAUUUGUCAAAGAAGCUGGUUGUAAUAAAAUGACUUGUCGCUGUGGAAUGACUCAAUGUUAUUUAUGCAGAGAGUCGGGUAUUGGUUAUGAUCAUUUUUGCCAACAUGUCCGUGAUCCGAAUAGACCGUGGAAUGAAAUCUGCAAAACUUGUAAGAAGAAGUGCCUUCUCCAUGAAGAUCCAAAAAAGAGAGACGAACAAUUACUUAAAGAAAUUCGUGAAAAAGGAGUUGUUGAUUCACCAGUAGCUGCAACAAAUACUGAUAGUGUACAAAUUGUUCGUGUACAACCUCCUCAGCAGCCACCUCCUGCUCUUCCGCCAUUUGUUCCUCCACGUCUACCAUGGCAAAAUCAGCCGGUUGAUCCACGUCUACCAUUAGGAAAUCAACAACGUGGUGGGACACCAGUUCCUCCUCCACCAGUUCAUGAAAGGAAUUUGGACUAUAUCCGAGCUCGAGUUGCUCAAAUUCGAGAAAAUCUUGAAGGAGGAUACAACCAAAAUUUAGAAAGAUAUCAACAGGAGAGGGAUCAGGAUUUUGAGAGAAUUCGUCAAAGGGAGGAGUUUGUUCGAAUUCGUCAAAAUUAUCUUGAAGAACUUCGUAAUGAUAGAAAUCGUUGGAAUAAUCAACAGCAGUGGAAUAAUAAUAAUCAACAGCAUCAACCUAUUCAGCCUGUUCAAUUUGUGAAUGGUGGGUUCCAGAUGCCUCCGCAGCCGAACAAUUUCGCUGCUAAUCCUAAUCGAUUUGAGCAGCAACAGCAACAAUAUGUUCAACAAAACCCACUACAACCGCCGGCUUUUCAGCAUCAGCAAUUUCAACCUCAGGCUCAGCCUCAACAAAAUCAACAGCAACCGCCUAUCCAUCAAAUUCCACCGCCGCCAGCGCCAGCUGCUAUUCCUCUUCCUCCAUACCCACAACAGCUUCCACCGCCACCAGCGCAAGACAUUCCACUUCCACCAUAUCCUCCACCACCACCACAACGGGAUCAAUUAGGUGACAAUUUAAUUGGUCCUCCUAAUCUUGGUGGCAAUAAUAAUAAUGUAGAGAAUGCCUUUCAGGGAUUUAAUAAUAAUUAUAAUGUUGUUGGUGCUCCUCAAAAUAAUCUUCUUGGUGCUCCAAAUAUGCCAAUUCACAUUGAUUGA